AUGUUCUGGGAUCAUUUUUGCCUUCAUUUUCUCUGCCAAAUAACUAAAUCAAGAACUCUCAUAUGUUUUUUUCCAGUGUCAUCCUGCAUCACCACCUAUAAGAAGACACCACCUCCAGUUCCACCAAGAACUACCACCAAACCAUUUAUUUCCAUCACAGCCCAGAGCAGCACAGAGUCUGCCCAGGACGCAUAUAUGGACGGGCAUGGGCAAAGGGGAGAUAUCAUCAGUCAGUCGGGACUUAGCAACUCCACAGAGAGCCUGGACAGUAUGAAGGCACUAACAGCUGCUAUUGAAGCUGCCAAUGCACAGAUCCAUGGCCCAGCCAGUCAACACGUAGGAAACAAUACUGCCACUGUCACCACCACCACCACCAUUGCCACAGUUGCUGUAGAAGACAGAAAGAAGGACCACUUCAAGAAAAACAGAUGUUUAUCUAUUGGAAUACAGGUUGACGGUGCUGAAGAAUCUACCCCCAAAUCAGGUGAAAAUAAAGCAACCAGUAAGUUCCAGUCCAUAGGAGUUCAAGUAGAGGAGGAGAAGUGCUUUCGCAGGUUUACACGCUCUAAUAGUGUCACAACAGCUGUGCAAGCAGACCUGGAUUUUCAUGAGAACUUUGAAAUAAUUGACCCACAAGAGGACAAUACAUGCUCUGGACAAAUAUCAAGACAAUAUUCCCGAGAUGCAAGCACUUCCACUGUUAGCAUACAAGGGUCAGGAAACCAUUACCAUGCAUGUGCAGUGGAUGAUGACUUUGAUACAGAUUUUGAUCCAUCCAUCUUACCUCCUCCGGACCCCUGGAUUGACUCUAUCACUGAAGACCCUCUGGAAGCUGUUCAAAGGUCAGUGUGUCCACGGGAUGGGCACUGGUUUCUGAAGCUUCUUCAGGCAGAGAGAGAUCGUAUGGAGGGCUGGUGCCAACAGAUGGAGAGAGAAGAGCGGGAAAACAACUUGCCUGAGGACAUCCUAGGGAAAAUUCGAACUGCAGUGGGCAGUGCCCAGCUCCUCAUGGCCCAGAAAUUUUACCAGUUCAGAGAACUUUGCGAAGAAAACCUGAAUCCUAAUGCACAUCCACGGCCGACCUCCCAGGACUUAGCAGGGUUUUGGGAUAUGCUGCAGUUGUCCAUAGAAAAUAUUAGUAUGAAAUUUGAUGAACUUCAUCAGUUAAAGGCCAAUAAUUGGAAACAGAUGGAUCCUCAUGACAAGAAGGAGAGAAGGGUCCCUCCUCCAGUGCCAAAGAAGCCAUCGAAAGGUCAGGUGCCACUCAUACGAGAACGCUCUCUGGAAAGCUCACAGCGUCAAGAGGCCCGGAAACGGCUGAUGGCCGCCAAACGCGCUGCAUCCGUCCGGCAGAACUCGGCUACCGAGAGCGCCGAAAGCAUUGAGAUAUACAUCCCCGAAGCCCAGACCAGGCUAUGAAGGGAUCCACCCAGGAGGACUCUCACUGGCAAGACAAGUCUCCUGUAUAAUCUGCCCCUCUAGGUUCCUGCUCAAGGUCACCACCGAGUAUUUGUACCCCCUGCCUCUCUCGCGCGCCCUCUCCCUCUCUGCCCCUCUUCCCGCUCCCGAUGACCCCAUAAAUUCCACUUCCGUGGUGUAGUUGUCAACCCUCCAAGAGAUGUCCUCUUCUAACCCCUUGCUUCCUAAAGAUUUGCCCAUGCCAUCAUGAUGCUUUGUCACAUGUACUGAUGCUGCCACUUUGCCUCAUGUAAAAGAGUACAAUCCUUUUUAUGUUUGAAACAAAUAAACACGUCUCUCUGACUUACAUACACACACACACACACACACACUUGUACAGUAGAUGCUCCAUUUAACUUAUUCAUGGUCUUUAGUUGAUCUAAAGCUAGUCUGUUACCUAGUGUACAGCAAUAUCAAACUGUAGGGGAUUUUGGAAAUUUCAGUCAUGCAGGGUGAUCCUUUUGGACUCUGCCGUCUUCCUCAUAAAAGUUGAAAGGAGCUAUGACUCGGAUUCCCUUCUUUUUAUUACUUUUUUUUUGUUUAUUUGUUUUUUAAGCAGAUGGCGCACUUUAUUCUAGACCUCUGAAUCACACCUUCUCACCUGAAUUUAAGGAGUCACAAAGGGAGGGUUUGGGGUGGGAGCUGGGGGGGCAGGAGGGUAAAAACACAGACCUAUGUGGUGGAAACGAGGAAGUAUAUCCCGCAGGUGAGAUGGUGAGGGAUGGAAAAGAUCCAGUGGAGAGAUACCUGCACACUCACAGCUGCACAAACUGCCUCAUUUUUAUUUCAUCAAUCACUACUUAAGCAUUUCAAUCAGCAGAAGAUUGUAAAUUCGAUCUUCCAGGGAAAUAAUCUAUUUUGAAAGGCAAUAAAAGAGCAAAAAGAAAGGAGAUAAGAAGCAAUGACAGUUGAAGAUAAUGUAAAAGAAGGAUUUUCUUGUCCAAGUAUUAAGAAUUUUUAAAAUUGUACUGUAUUGUCAAUUCCUCUUGUAUUGUAUUGUAUGGAUUAUAUUGGUUAAAAAA